GCAGCAAACGGCCGUUGUUAACUAAAUCCCGCCGACUUUCCUUAAAAUUAUGAUAAGCGCAGUAGUGAAUGCUUUAUCCAGAGCCGGGCGAUUUACGGCCAGCUUAGAUCACCUAUCGUCAUGGAUGGAGUCGCUUGUCCAGCUGACAAGUUGUAGUGAAGAAAAUCUCAAGCUGGUCGGACGCACCCACCCGCCCUUUUAUGCCUUCGCAUGCACGCUCUACAAACCCGCCGGCUCUGCGAUUCAUCUAGCUGUCUACCACAACCACGCAAUAGCCCGAUGGAUGCUAAGGGCUCAAAGACAAUCCCCAACGUAUCUAUGACAGCUAAAGAGCCUCGGAAAGUGCGCAGGUUCAAGGCCGGAGGACCAAGCACCGACACGAACAUGAUCAUCAUUUGCGAGGAAGUGAUCGAGCGCUUUCCGUUUCCGGAGCGCCUGCUGCACCUUUUGGCAUAUACCAAGCUACGGGUGGAAAGUGGUUCGAGCGCAGAGCGUAUACUGAUGCGAUAGAGCUCAGCAAUGUCUGCCUCGUCAUGUACCAGCUUGAAGUACUUUAAAGUGUAAGCGAA